AUGCGGCCCGGGUACCUUCAGCAGAUCCUCAGUGGCCCGAUAGCCGCGGGGCUUCUCGCGCUGGGCUCGCGGAGGCAGCCCUGCCCCGCGCCCCCGGAGCCGCCGAGCUGCCCCGAGACGUGCGCGGAGGCGCCGGCCUGCGUGUGCCCAGGGGCGCCGGCGUGCGUGUGCCCGGAGCCUGCGGCCUGCCCGCCGACGGAACUCGGCUGGGAGGAGGUGCUGAUCAUCGGCGUGGCCACCUGGGCGGUGCAGACGGGCGUCGGUAGGCACUACCUGGCUUGGUACGAUGGGGACGAUGUCUACCACGAGCAGGUGGCUUUGUGGCCGCAGACGCACGCCAGAUGGGUCAUCCUGACCCCGGACUUUGACAUGUACUCGGAGAUGCUGGACGGCAGCGAGGGCGUCGACGGCGUGGUGCGGAUCAUCGGCCUGCGCCCAGACGGGCGUCUCCCCCGGCUCGACAAGCCCGCCUACAGGUUCAAGCAGGCGCUCGACCUGGACGCCUUGAAGGGGUACAUCCGCGAGGGCCGGCGCCUUGCCCUGCAGGACGGUACCGCGGCGGGUGACCCGCCGAUCGAGGUUGCUGACGUGGUGAUGCCCGAUCGGGAGGUGGUGCCGCUGGACACCAUGUUCGGCGGCCGCUUCCUGCCUCGCCGCCUCCCCUUGCGCCGCGGCGCAGCGGCGGCGGCGGCUGGGGCCGACGACGGGCCCCCUGGCGACGCGGCGGCGGGCUCCGACGCUGGCGCGGCCCCUGCGCUGGCGGCUGUCGGCGACGGCGCCAGCCCAGUGUACCCCCAGGCGGGGCCGCUGGACACGCCGCGCGGCUACGCGUGGCUGCUCAUGGAGGGCGGCAAUCUGGGCGACGAGGUGGUGCUGGGACCUGAUGAUUUCAGGCUCUCGGACUACGACGCGAUGAUCCUCCGCCGGGGGCAGGGCCGCCGGGCCGAGCUCGUCCCCCUCACGGAGGUGGACGACUGCGUGCGAGCCCGCCGAGAGGAGCUUGCCGACCAGCUGAGGCCAGCUGGGGCGGCUCCACUGCCCCCGCCCCUGGGGCUGCCGCCUGGGCCGUCGGCCGAGGCGCCCGAGGGUGCGGACGCCGCCGGUGGCACAGCCACGCCGCCCCCCGUGGCGGAGGACGCGCGCACGCUGUGGAUCGACUACGACGAGCAGGGCGAGAGGUACAAACCAUACCGCAAGGCGGUGCAGGAGAGCUUCUCCAG